UGAAAACGCUAAGGACAGAUAACUGCAUUGUUUACAAAUUUGUUCAAAACAAAACAAUUGUUUGAAAUAUUAGGAAUCUAUCUAAAGUUGAUGAAUGAUAAAAAUAGCAAUGUCUGUUGUUAUGAACACUGGACACAAAAUACCGUUGAUCGGAUUAGGAACGUUUAAAAUAAAAGGCAGUGACUUAGUGGCAACAGUAUUAGAAGCUGCAAUAUCAUCAGGAUACAGAGCUAUAGAUACAGCUAGUGUGUAUAAAAAUGAAGCUGACAUUGGAAGGAAUUUAAAAGAAAUAUUGCCAAAAUAUGAUCUGAAACGAAAAGACAUUUUUAUCACCAGUAAAUUAGGUCCAAAAGAUCAUGGAAAAGACAAAUGUCGAGCAUCGUGUUUAAAAUCUAUAGAAGUUCUACAAUGUGAUUAUUUAGAUUUAUAUUUGAUACACUGGCCUGGAGGACAGGGACUACAGCCUAGUGAUACCAGACACAAAGAUCUACGCCGUGAAAGUUGGCAGGCUAUGGAACAACUUUAUAAUGAAGGUAAAAUAAAGAAUAUAGGAGUAUCUAAUUAUCUACAGAGACAUAUAGAAGAAUUGUUAGAAUAUUGUACAAUACCUCCUGCAGUCUUACAGAUAGAAUUCCAUCCUCAUCUACAACAGAAACCUCUGAUUGAAUUUUGUCAAGAGAAGAAUAUAUUUUUCCAAGCAUACUCAUCACUAGGUACAUCUGAUGACAAUAAUAAAUUAUUGACAGACGAAGUUGUGAUCACAAUAUCAAAAAAAUUACAGAAAACACCAGCCCAGGUUUUACUCAGAUGGGCCAUUCAACAAAAUAUAGGAGUAAUUCCAAAAUCCACCAACAGUCAACAUAUAGAUGAGAAUCAGAAGAUUACGAAUUUUUCACUGUCCAGUGAGGAUAUGAAUAGUUUAAAUAACCUAGAGUCUUCUACUCAUUAUUGUUGGAAUCCAGAAUGUGUUUUAUGAUUUAAAAUUCUUUAUUC